UCAAAUGCGUUAACGCCCACACAGCCACAGCACGAUGCAUAAUUUGUGCGGUCCUCAUUGACAAGUCAGGACGAUGGUGAGCUUCCCGCCGGUGCACAGCCGCACACUGAACCAAGCAUGCAAUGUUGCUCUCAUCGAAACGGACACAGAUGGAUAGUCUCGUUCAACCACUUGUUGCCCAGUAUCUCGCUAUGGGCUGCCAAUCCAAAGAAAAUGGACAAAAUGAAAAUGUGGGGUCGAAUGGAAAGGAAAAAGAACAUUCACGUCUCUCUCCGGGACCGGGAUGUGGCUCCAGAUCUAAGGUCUGUCCACCGGUGCCUGCCCGGCCUCAGCGGUUCAACAGGCCCAACCUGGCUCAGAUGACCCAGGGCAAGGUCACGAUGUCUCUGCCAGGAAACUUCACAAAGGGGGCCAGCUGGGAGGAGGUGAUCCAGGCCUGUAUCCAGUCCUUUGACGUGGAGGGCUCUGUAUGUGGAAGCAGCCACCUGAUGAACAUCACCCUGACCAUGCACCGACUUCUCAUGUCCUCCAGUGACCUCCUGGAGAAACUCACCUCCCUAUUUAAAAGCGCCGUGGAGAAUGAGCAGUCCACAGAAUGUGAGAGGAUCUGCUACUUCAUCAGGUAUUGGAUCCAGGAGUUCUGGACAAUGUUCCGGUUGCACAGCAGCCUGUCAGACUCCAUGGAACAGUUCCAGGAUCUCAUCAGAGAUCAGGGCCAGGAGAGGCUGUGCCCUCUGUUGCAGACUCAAUGGAUAAAUGACAGGCACUGGUCUCAGAAGCCCAGUCAGAAAAUCAAGGCUAACAGCAGUAAGAAGAGGAAAGUGUCUCUGCUGUUUGAUCACCUGGAGCCCAUCGAACUGGCUGAGCACCUCACCUACCUGGAGUUCAAGUCCUUCUGUAGAAUAUCAUUUGCAGACUACCAGAACUACAUCCGCAGUUGCUGCAUGAAGGACAACCCCAUGAUGGAACGUUCCAUUACGUUGUGUAAUGGUAUCUCACAGUGGGUGCAGCUCAUGGUUCUGAGUCGGCCUACAGCUCAGCUGAGAGCAGAGGUUUUCACCAAGUUCAUCCAUGUGGCUCAGAGCCUCCAUCUUAUGCACAACUUCAACACACUAAUGGCUGUGGUGGGGGGCCUGUGCCACAGCUCCAUCUCCAGACUUAAAGAGACCAGUUCACAUGUAUCCCACGAGGUCACCAAGGUGCUGAAUGAGAUGACAGACCUCCUGUCCUCUUGUAGGAACUAUGACAACUACCGUCAGGCGUACAGCAGGUGUGCAGGCUUUAAGAUCCCCAUCCUGGGGGUCCACCUCAAGGACCUGAUCUCAGUCAACGAGGCCAUGUCAGACUAUGUAGAGGACUACAAGGUGAAUGUUCAGAAGCUCCAGGCUCUGUAUAACCACAUCAACGAGCUGAUCCAGCUACAGCAGAUCACCCCACAGCUCGACGCCAACAAAGACCUGGUCCACCUUCUCACGCUGUCCCUGGACCUCUACUACACAGAGGAUGAGAUUUAUGAGCUGUCUUACACCAGGGAGCCCAAGAACAACAAAGCACCCCCAGCCACCCCCUCUAGACCUCCAGUGGUUGUGAACUGGGCUUCAGGAGUGCCCCCCAAACCUGACCCAAAAACCAUCAGCAAACAUGUGCAAAGAAUGGUGGAUUCCGUGUUUAAAAACUAUGACCAUGAUGAGAAUGGCUUCAUCUCUCAAGGGGACUUUGAGAAAAUUGCUGCUAGCUUUCCAUUCUCCUUCUGUGUCAUGGACAAAGAGAAGGAAGGCCUCAUCAGCAGAGAGGAGAUCACAGCCUAUUUCAUGCGUGCUAGUGUCAUCUGCUCCAAACUGGGUCUUGGCUUUGUCCACAACUUUCAGGAGACCACCUACAUGAAGCCCACCUUCUGUGACAACUGCUCUGGAUUCUUGUGGGGCGUCAUAAAACAAGGCUACAGAUGCAGAGACUGUGGGAUGAACUGCCAUAGGCUCUGUAAGGAUCAGGUGGCGUUUGAGUGUAAGAAGAAUGCCAAGGGCAGUAGCACCUCUGAAGGUCCACUAACACCAGGCUCCACACCCGGCACCACAUGUGGCCCAGAAGGCUCAGAAGAGGGGCCUUUCCCGUACCCCUCAGAGGAAUGUAGGGACUGGAGCCUUGACUCACCGGCCCCCUCCCAUCUGAGGCUCCCCCCUGAGCUGUCCAUGCCUGUGGGGGUCCACCGCAGCACCCAGACAGAGGGCCCCCACGCCCCUGCCCCCCCUCCAGAGCCUAGUCGGCUGCAGCCAGUACAGUCCUCUCUCCUGGCCCCUGUACCCUCCUCUCUCUUGGCCCCCAUACCCCCCUCCCUCACCCCAUGCCCCAGCCCGGUGCCCCAACGUAAACGACGGGCCUACGCCAAGUGGGAGAACAGAGCCUCUACAGUGCUAAAGCCCAGGGAGCCGGACGAAGACAACAAACCCACCUAUGAUAAUCUGGAAACGGAGAACCAGAAGCUUCAGAAGAACAACGAGACGCUGCGUAAGAAGCUGAGGGAGACGCAGCGCGAGGUAGAGAUCCUGCAGACACUCCUAAAGAGGCACGCCCUUCACUCCGUGGUGGAGGACUCCUCCUCCUCCUCCUCCUAGCCAGGAACGCCCCUCAGCCGGUCAGACACACCCACUCUAUGACAUCACAGGUGAUGCUCAGCCAUCUGUCUCCAGAGCCACUGACAGUACUGUAUGUCUUGGAGGACCCUAGUGCCACACAGUCGAGAAGAUACACAGACGGACCUAAAACUCCCUGUGAGGAGACGCUGUUACUCACAGUAUGGUAUAUACAGCCAGUCUUAACACCAGUUGCAGCCAAUCACAGCCAAAAUGGGGUUAUGAGGCAAAACCAAUGAACGUACCAUCCUGAAUAGGACACAGACAAUCAAAGUACAGUACCAGCCAUCAUGGAACAUAGCCAAAACAUAUCCAAUCAGUGUGCCAUCGACUUUGGGACUCUGACAAUCAGAAUGAUAGAGGCCACUGUGUUGUUAGGGACCUUCAAUGGGGCGGCAGGUAGCCUAGUGGUUAGAGCGUUGGACUAGUAACCGAAAGGUUGCAAGAUUGAAUCCCUGAGCUGACAAGGUAAAAAUCUGUCGUUCUGCCCCUGAACAAGGCAGUUAUUAACCCACUGUUCCUAGGCCGUCAUUGAAAAUAAGAAUUUGUUCUUAACUGACUUGCCUAGUCAAUCAGAAAACCACACAGUAUGGCAGAAAGACCAGGAAACUUAAUCCAGGUGUACUGUGUAGUUAUUGUCCUGUUUUAGGUAAUAACAAGGUUGCAUAAUGUAUACAACAUGUAAAUCCACGUGAUUUCAAUGUUACUGUCCAUAUUUAUUGUUAAAACACUACAAACUCUAGAGUUAAUGUCAAUCAUUGAGGAAAAGAUAAGCAGAGUUCAAUUUUUUUUUAAACGGGUAGAUAUAGACAAAUACGUGUUUUUAUGUAUGUGUAAGACAUUUUAUCGAAAGAAUACAUUCAACCACAGUUUUAUCAUGUAUAUUUCAUCAGCUCAGUGUUGUCCAUAGUAGCAAUUAACAUAAUAUUAGAUGUUUCACCAAUGACAUACCAUGUAAAUUCCCUAAGCGCAUGAUAUAUUGUGGUGCCAUCGUACCAGUAUUUCUCUCAAGAUGUCCUCUCUCAGUAUUGCUGUCAUAAUGAAUGUUUUAAUAAAGACAUAUUCUCUAUUA